AUGAAGACCUCUGCGAGACCUCGAGAACUUGGAGGAAGUUUUGUACCUAGACGUGGACAUGAUGCCCGAAUUUCGAUAAAUGAUCCCAAUCACCACGUUACAGAGGCUAUUGGAGAUAUGUAUGGAGAUGAUGACUAUUCAAAGCACGAUUCACGACCUCUUAGCUUUAUGCCUUCCUCUUCAAAUGAGUCUGCCGAAGAAACAACAAAUUCAUAUCACGACAGCAAUAAUAGUAUUAGACCGAGACCAUCACUCUUAACAAAUGGAAAUCACAAGGCACAUACUUCACCAGCGAUUAUGCAAAGUCCCAGGAGUCCCACAUUUGGAGAUGGAAAUCCUACAUCACCAUCUUUGUCCCUACGUGACCCUAAUGCAGGAGGUACAGCAAAUGCAGAAUUUCCACUGAACGAUAUCGACUAUGAAUCCGGCCCAGCUGCUGUCGCACAAGAGCUAAGUAAUCUACAAGCGUUGCGGCGGAUGUCUAUGGAUGUGGGCAAUACCAGUGAUCCGGAUCUGCCAUCCUUCCAGGGUGUAUCUUUAAUGCCCACAGCAGCUCCAACAGGAGAUGACGACGAGGACGACCCAUCGCGACUUUUCUGGGUACCUGCCAGAGUUCAUCCCGAGCUUGCACCCAUGGAAUUCAAAACGUUUCUGGAGAACCGCGUUCAAUCAAUAAAACGACGAUCCGGAGAUCAGACUUCAUUAGCACCUAAUGGCGUCGAACAAAGUGGACCCGGAGCAGGAUUAAGGAGGAAGAAAUCUAUGCUGUCAAGACAGAUUGAUAAUUCGGGUGGCAGAGCCGCUGUGGGAUAUAAAGAUGGGGCGGAACAUUUGGAGAGGAAGAAGUCUCUAUCAUCACAACACAUACCCGAUUUAAGGAUCUCGGAUCUCCAAGAACUGGAUGAGCUGGUCAGGGAUCCUUCAAAAGCAAUGCAGAAAUUGAGUCUCGAUACGGGAAGCAGAGGCGAAGGUGCCCAAGGCGAAGAUAUACCUAUCUUGCCACAGGCACCCGGAAUUGGUCUAAGGAGGUCUACACGCACUACUUAUAGGAGGGGAAGCUUGAGAAAAGGAGAGCGAGUACCUUUCUCGAAAAGAAAUGGCUCUAUCCGAGCUGAUACAGAUGGAGAGGAAUCACCAACGGCUUCGCCGAUUGAUGGACAUUCAUCUGCUGGCUAUCCUCUUACACCUACCCAAUCGGAACCCUCAGGUAACACGGAUAAUUUUUCUAGACCCAACAGGAGUGCACGACGUAUGCAGAACAUAGAUCACGCCCCACCAGUUCCAUCAAUUCCGGAUAACAUUACCCAUGAGGUGUCUACACGAUCUGAUUCUUCAGCUUCCAUACCAACCACAGAAUUGCCGUCGAAGCCAAGUCGACAGCCUUCUCAGCCUACUCAUGAUGCCACUCGAUCAAGAAGCGCCAGCCAUCCUCGGACGGAUGCUCCGGUCCCACGUAUAGUAGAGACACCACCUCCGCCGGAAGAAAUCUCAGAACCACAAACGGACAAGCAGUCUUUCCAGUAUCCUGAGAGGACUUCUUCGCAGAUCACCCAAGCUUCACAAAAACAAUCCAGCCCUCAAGCGAACCCUCAAGCGAACCCCCAAGCCAUUUCUCAAGUCAUCCCAGAACCUCCAGCUAGAUCAAGUAAGCGUCCGGUACUGGAGCGUCAGGCCUCGUCCAGUGUUGCAGCCCUUCCACGGACAUCUAUAGCAAGUGACAUGCAUCAUCAGCAACAUCAGCAGCCUUCUUCACUACCUGUUAAUUCUGUAAAAACCGAUGCUCUCACUCACAUUCCGACCCUCGACGAUAAGAAAAUUGACAAGAAAACCAAAAAGGAAAGAGAGGAAGAAAGUUCUGGACCCCGGAAGACUAGCUGGGGCUGGUUUAAAGGGAGUGACGAGAAGGAUAAGAAGGAUAAGAAGAAGGACGACAAGAGCAAGUCGAAGGUUUCAUCAGAGAAAAUGCACGACAAUGCUCGUUUGGAUGUGUUACAGUCCACCAUGGAGACAACCGCGAGAGGCCGUGAGAGCUUCUUAGUCGAGAGAGAUAAUGUUGAUAGUAAACUCGACAGUGAACGAAAGAAAGAAAUUACCCGUAAGGCUGGAGGAGAACCUAAAAGGGAGAAGGACGGCAUCUUUUCGUCGCUUUUUGGCGGUGGAAAGAAGAAAGUCGAUCGGGAUUCGGGGGGCAAAAAGGGAAGCUCCCUUCGUACACUUUCACCGGAACCUCCGCAUCGCGUCUUGAAACCAGACAUUGACUACAAUUGGACAAGAUUCUCAAUAAUGGAAGAAAGGGCAAUCUAUCGCAUGGCCCACAUCAAGUUGGCGAAUCCUAAACGGGCAUUAUACAGUCAGGUUCUACUUAGUAACUUCAUGUAUUCAUACUUGGCCAAAGUUCAGCAGAUGCAUCCACAUAUGCAAGUACCUCAGUCUGUGCAGCAGAAGAAAGCAGAGGCGGAGAGGAAGCUAAAAGAGCAAGAACAACAAUACCGAGAGCAACAAGAACAGUUGAGACAACAACAGCAGCAGCAAGAAGGUGGGGACCAAUAUCGAUACGAUUACCACCAGGGCAUCACACAGUAUGCUGAGCAAUCCCAGAAUCCCAACCAUUCUGCGGAGGGUGUCAAUUAUGUCGACGACUCUCAGAUAUAUGAUUAUGAUCAUCAAGGAGGAGAUUCUGAGCAGGAGCAUAGUCGGCCAGAAUCUCGUACGGGCCAAAACAAUAGUGAGAAUGGUUAUAACGAUCAGAAAUACUAUGAAUAUGGGCAAACCCAGUCGCCACAUGAUCAAGCGACCGAGGACAAUGAGAUGUGGUAG